UGCACAUCCUGGAGUUCCAAUUGGAUCUCACCCUCCAGGUCAUGGGAUGGCAACAUCUCCUGCUGUCAGCCAAGCCAUGGAUGGUGCUUCUUUGAGUUUGGAUGCAUCUGCUAAGUCUUCAGAGAAUUCUGAUCGAGGCUUGCUGGCAAUGUCACUAGGAAAUGGCAGUGCUGACAACAUUGAGGGUGGAACGGACCAUGGAAAUUCACAGAGUGGGGACACUGAAGGUUCAACUGAUGGAAGUGACACAAAUGGAGCUGGGGUCAGUGAGAGAAGUAAGAAACGAAGCCGUGGGACAACUCCUGAUAACUCUGGUGAUAGUAAGAGUCACUUACGACGAUGUCAACCUACUGGGGAAGUAAAUAAUGAUUCUGAGAAGACAAUUGUGGUUGUUCGUCCUGGUAAGGUAGAGGAGAAAGUGAUGGGAACUGUACUUUCUCCUAGCAUGACAACAACUUUGGAAAUGAGAAAUCCUGCUAGUACACAUUUGAAAGCUAGCCCAACUAAUGUUUCACAACUCAGCCCUGCACUGCCAAAUGAAGCCUGGUUACAGAAUGAACGUGAGCUGAAGCGGGAGAAAAGGAAACAGUCUAAUCGGGAAUCUGCAAGGCGAUCAAGAUUGAGAAAACAGGCUGAAGCUGAAGAAUUGGCAAUACGAGUUCAGUCUUUAACAGGGGAAAACAUGACACUCAAAUCUGAGAUAAACAAAUUAAUGGAGAACUCGGAGAAACUUAAGCUAGAAAAUGCUGCUUUAAUGGAGAAACUGAACAAUGAACAGCUAAGCCCGACAGAAGAAGUGAGUUUAGGUAAGAUUGAUGAUAAGAGGGUGCAACCUGUAGGCACCGCAAACCUACUAGCAAGAGUCAAUAACUCUGGUUCCUUAAAUAGAGCAAACGAGGAGAGUGAAGUUUAUGAGAACAAUAGUUCUGGAGCAAAGCUUCAUCAACUACUCGAUUCCAGCCCCAGAACUGAUGCAGUGGCUGCUGGGUGAUCAAUGGUACAACCCCCCAACUUCGUCGUCUUACGUUUUAGUCUGAUUAUGUAAUUUUGGCGUAAUUAUAAGUCCAAAGUUACUGCUAACCGCGGGUGAGUAACAGAAUGGAACAGCUAAAUAGGAUUAUGGAACUUACAGGAUUCUAAUUUUACCUAAUUGUAGAUGUCGGAAGAACUGAUGUGUGCUUUUAUACUUUCCUUUUCUUCACUUUUUCCCCCUUUUCACCUCAGAGAGGGAUGUUGGCCAUAAUAGUUUAUGUAAGUUUGUAAUCUUCGACAUGUAUAAGCUUUGAUUGAGGAAAGCUAUGGAACUGAAAGGUCUUGGUUUGGAUGAUGAAAUCUGACUUGAUAAACACUGUAAUGUUUAUGAUGUUAUUUCCUACUGUUGGAUA